AUGCCAGGCCAACAGGGAAUGCACAACUUCAGUACAAUCCUGAAACGACUUGAAGCCGUAACAAGUCGCCUCGAGGAUGUAGCAGUCUCUUCCUCUUCACCAGCGCCCACUUCCUCCCUCAGGUCCCCAACAGCUGCAGCUCACGAGAACCUCGCACCUACCUCUUCAGCCGGUGCUGGCGGUGCUCCACCACCACCACCUCCGCCUCCCCCUCCUCCAGCUGAGGAAGCCAUCACUCCUGCAGUAAAAGCUUACCAAGAUGAGAUCAUCGAUGGAGCGCUGCAAGAGUUUAUUGAGAAGUCGAAUGAAUUAGGUGGACUGGUCCAACAGCAUUCAUCCCUCCUUCCAGCACUGUGUGACGCCCAAUUACAAUUCCUCAAACUAGCUUCCAACCAUUCCAAACCUUCUACCCCUACUGCACUCGGCCCGCUACUCGAGCCUCAAGGUAAAGCUAUCCAAGCUAUCUUAGAGACCAAGGAUAAGCUCUCGAGAUCGAAGGAAGGUAGAGAUUGGAAUGUCUGUUUCAACGUUUUGGGUGAAGGUGUCCCAGCAUGGGGUUGGGUUCAGUUUGAACCUGCUCCAGCACCUUUCGUAGCUGAGAUGAAGAAUGCUGCUCAGUUCUGGUCCGAUCGAGUGAUCAAGCAAUACAAAGAUACUAACCCUACCGCCGUCGCCUGGGCUAAAGCCUUCGCUCAAUUGUUGACCUCGCUUCAAGCCUACGUCAAGCAGUGGCACACCACCGGCGUAGCUUGGAACCCUAAAGGCUCUCCCGCACCAUCUUCAAUCCCUUCUGCAUCCUCCUCUUCCUCCUCCGCCCCACCACCCCCACCUCCACCUCCAGCCGCGUCCAAAGCCUCCGCCCCAGCUGGAGGAGCAGGAGGUACAGCCGCUUUACUUGCCGAUCUGAACAAGGGUGGAGCAGUCACAGCAGGACUCAAGAAAGUGGACGCAUCUCAGAUGACUCAUAAGAAUCCCGAUCUUCGAUCAUCUUCGGUCGUUCCUGACAACGCUAGGAAAGCACCUCCUUUGAAACCUAAACCUGGAGCUGCGCCUGCCAAGAAACCUGCCAAAUUGGAACUGGAAGAUGGUAACAAAUGGAUGAUCGAGUAUCAAGAGGAUAACAAAAACAUCGUCAUUGAUCAGACUGAGUUGCACCAAACGGUGCAUAUCUUCAAUUGCAAGAAUUCUGUAGUGAAGAUCUCAGGUAAAAUCAAUGCUGUGACUAUGGUCGGAUGCAAGAAAACCGCCGUAGUACUCGAUUCAGCCGUCUCCUCAUUAUCAAUAACAUCCUCACCGUCAUUCGAAGUUCAAAUCACAGGUCAAAUUCCAACCAUCCAAGUGGAUACUACCGAUUCGGGGCAGAUCUACCUUUCUAAAGAAUGUAUGAACACUGUCGAAAUUAUCACUUCGAAAACUUCUUCUUUGAAUAUAUCCGUACCUACAGGACAAGAUGGUGAUUUCGAAGAGAAACCCGUACCGGAACAGAUGAAAUCGAAGAUCGUGGGUGGGAAGUUGGUAACUGAGAUUAUCGAACAUGCUGGUUAG